AUGUCUCUGCAAGACUACGACAAACGCCUGGGUAUUUCUAAGGAGCUCGAACACAUAGAUGCCGUCCUCCUCUCCGGAACGCAGACCAAGACCACGUCCUCCUACGAGACGCACUCGACGGCGGAGUUUCUCAUGCUGAAGUUUGGAUGGCAUCGCAGUAAUAAGAACACGACAGGCAACAAAUCAUGCGGCACUGAGAUUUGGCUGAGCAGACGAUGGUUUCGGAAGACACACAUAGUCAAGAUCUGGCAGCCUCCACCCGCUAUUCGCGGCCGUGUAGGCGCUACGCGCGUGAAGAGCGCGCUGUUCGACUUCACCUUCAUUACAGCCUACUUCCCUCCGAGAUCGCAGCGCAUCGCCACUGCCUCCAAGAACGAAGUCAUCAUCGACAAAAUGCUCUGCUAUCUGCACGACAUUUUCUCGAACUUGCCGAAUCGUACUUGCGUGUUCAUCGGCACCGACCUGAACGACAGCCUCGUGCGCACCCACUCGACAGAGGACGACGACGCCACCAUAGGUGUCCAUGCAUACGGUCAGCAGCACUACGCGGGCGAAGCUUUCCACACGUUUCUGAAGGACUACGCCCUGUGCGCGUCGAACACGCACUACCCGUGCGGCCCUACUUAUCACGGCCUACGAGGGCACUCAAGCUACAUCGAUUACCUGGUGAUGCCGAUACGCUAUCUACCGCGAGUACGUCGCCAUAACAUCGCUUACCGACUGACCAAACGACUCCGAGCAUUUCCGUCUCAACGACUACUGGAUCACAUGAUGCUGUACAUCGACGUGGACUGCACCCUAACUUACGACAAACCCCAGACAACGCCGCAGUGGGACUACACACGCAUAUUCUUGGCCUGGAAAGAUGAACAAUUUCCCGAAUGGGCGAAGCAGCUACGCGACGACAUUGAGUCAGACCUGUCUAACUACCUCAAUGAGAACGGCUACCGUGAUAUGGCAGACUGGGCAGAAAGACGCACGAUGAACAGCACUUUCACGAACUACAACAAGCUGAUGAGGCAGGACUGGAAGCAGAGGUUUGGCGAGCUUGUCGACGCCUUGCAGGCAAUGGAAAGGGCCCUGGCAAACACAUGGACUGAAGAUAUGGCACUUCCUGGCGCGGAAGGAGGAAUGGUGGCGGCACCGGUUGAUAUCGAGCACUUCAUCGACACCGCUGCGUCGAACGACGAGCGCUUCUGCCCUUCUGCACAUCAGUGGAGACACGCCCAGUACGACUUCGACGCGAUCAAACCUGCGAUUACAGUCGGAUUAGCACUGCAGUGGCGCCUCACCAAGCAGCAACGAAGCCACAUCGCCACGAAGCACGACAUGACGAACGCUUUCGCUUCAGUGAAUCAUUCCCACCUCGACGACGCCGUGGACAAGAUAUAUAUCCCUGGCGACUGUACGAUCAUGAAAAGCAGACAUCGUCGAGCAGCAUGUGUGAUUAGCGACGGGAUCGACACUCAGGGAUACCAGAACACCGUCGGUUGCUUCAUGGGAGAUGCCGAUGCUGCGAACAAGUUCCGCGUGGCCUUCAUGCAGCCCACUACCGAAUGGAAUGAUGCACUUACUACCGAUACCAUCACAUCGAUGGUUGCGGGGUGCGAGUUCACUGGCACCAACGUCGACCUCAGCGUUCGCAAGUACGCCGACGACCUCACCAAGACCCACAUGUGUCACGAUGCGCAGAUGGCGGCCUACAAAGUUCAACCAUCCGACCAGAUCCUGAACGACAAGCUGCGUACCAUCGGACUGCAGCAGAAUGCGGGGAAACAAAGUUGCAAGCCCACAUUGCGACAGAACGCCUUCCCGAACCUCGCCCUCAUGUCGUGGAUGAGCUCACUGCCCAGCGCUGGAGAGCCCGCAGGCGCAGCCGCGGCAGAAGCGGCACAGCCUGCUCACAAGUCCCGACGCCGCCAGCCCACCGGCCGUGGAAACCAACAGAGCGGGUCGAAGUCCAAGCUGGUGGACCUGAAGUCGCUCGUCCUGGAGGAGAUGGAACUGAAAGAUAUUCAGCGCAUGUUCCCCAUUGUCAUGAAGCUACUACUCAACGUGGCGAUGAGGCAGCGCCAGACCGACGCCAUACUGAUCAAGACGUACCUCGUCUCACCUGGCACGAAAAGCGUCGCGGCGAUCCGAGCUCGCGUUCGCGCAUGGGUAAAAAGAGCCGAAGAGAUACGAAGUACGACGACGGCACCACAGAUCGAUGCGGAGAUGGCGAAGAUCGGCACGAUCAGCACCGCAGCCUUCGCAGGUCUGCUCGAAGGUCUCCAUCAGGAAGGCGCGUCCGUCGGCGGCCUCAACCAGCAGAACCUGACAGCGCUGGGCGAGAAGAUGAAGACCAUGGACAUCAAGCAGGUCGUCGAGCUCGUCCCGCUCGCGAAGGCCAGCGACACGCACGACGCCCCGCAGUGCAAACUUCAGAUCCGCCUCAACCCCGAGAGCGACGUCGACCUCAGUGUGAUUCACGACUCACUCAUCCAGACGGGAGCGAUCUACAAGCCAGGCCAGGGACCGAUGGUGCACAUGGAGAGGAUCUUUCACACGAAGCUGACGCAGUUAGAGGACGUGAUCAUGGGGCAUGGACUGCCCACCUAUUGCAUCCACGAGUGCGCCCACAGCAGUUGUUCAGGGCAUGGGAAGCCCACAUCGAACACCUACGAGCGCUACCCCUUCGCGUACUCGUCCCCGGGGCGCCCCGAGACGGCCCUGGGCGAGGGGGCCUACAACACUGGCGCCCUCCGAGGCGCCAGAGAGGUGGAGCUCGAGGCCGCCCGCCCAGGAUGCUGCCGAGCAGAGCCCAUCGGCGACCAAGCGGAGAUGAUCAGCCCUGCAUCCUUUGCGGAGCGGCAGCCCUGGGCCGGCGGAGGAGGGCCCCGGGGCGCCGACGAGGCGGCGCGCCCUGGCGCCGGGGAGAAGGGCUUCGGGGUGCUGCUCAAGGAUGCCGUCGACGACUCCGAGCAGUUCGUGGGGGAGAUCGCCGACGACACCACGGCGUGCGGGACCGAGGGCGUCCUGUCUCCCAGGACCCCGGGCGCUGUGAGCCCAGGGAGGUUCGAUGUCGUGGGCAUCGUCGCAGGCGCAGCCCAGGCAGCCGAGCGGCCCGACUUCACAGGCUCCUGGCGCUGCAUCCGGGUGGAGGGCGAAAUUCAUCAGUUUCUCAUUGACAUGGGCAUGUCGCCCAUAAAGUGCGAGGCGGCGAGAACUGCCCGGUACGGAGCAGGCUACCAGUUACAGACGAUAUCUCAGGACGGCGACCACUUUUCCGUGAUUGACCAUCUGAAGACGACUAACACGAUGACGUGUCAAAUUGGCCUUGGCCCUCAAACAUCCUGCGACUUGGAGGGCAGGAAGGUCACCAUCACGCCAACGUGGGACGGCCAGACCCUUUGCGUCGAGACCAUGACUGGAAGUGGAAAGCUGUUUGCGACCAGCCGGCGCUUCUAUGACGGAGACGAGAUGGUGUUGGAAAUCACAUCGCCCAACGGCACCACUACAAGGCGCAUCUUCUGCAAGAAGGAUUCGACGAAGCCGCCUCGCGCGACUUGUUCGACACGGCUUAGCAUAUCGACCGUGACGUCAUGA